UCUGCACUUGACCCUUGUUCGUCUAACCCCACCCCCACGUGACGCUACAAACCUCACCCCGACCUUACUCCUGUUGACUGUGUACUCUUCCUACCUCCAAAAAAGCUCUUCUGAAUCGUCAAUGGAAGAUUCUCAGUCUCAGUCUCAGUCUCACUACUUCCAGCAGUACAGCCACUCAUCUCCACUACCCUCCAUCAAUGAGUCUUCGGAGCAGCAACUCAAAAUCUCUAGCUGCGAUGCUUCCGCCGUUGGAUCGAACAGCAGUAGAGGUGCUAAAUAUAAGCUCAUGUCCCCUGCUAAGCUCCCGAUCUCUCGCUCCACAUGUAUCACUAUCCCUCCUGGUCUCAGUCCUUCUUCCUUUCUCGAAUCUCCCGUCCUCCUUUCUAACAUCAAAGCUGAGCCGUCCCCGACCACAGGUUCCUUCUCCAAGUUUCAACUAAUGCAAGGCUCUAGCGGGAGUGCUGCCUUUUCAUUUAUGAGAAGCUGUUCCAGUGGAAAUGCAUAUGGAGAAACGACCGGCGAAUUUGAGUUUAAAUUUGCUAUUGGAUCUAGUUCUACAUCAGGAUCACUGGCGAAGGAAGCUGCGACCUUUGCAGGUUUGAACCAACAGCAAAGUGAACCCCUGAAUCAAAUUCAAGAUCGAUGUCUUUCUCAGUCAUUAGCACCUUCAGCUCUUGUUAAAUGUGAGAUGCCUAAUUCAAAAGAAGUGAGUCAACCUGCACCUGUUAGUUUAGAUGCCUCGUCCUUUAGUACUGCCGCUGCUGAUCCUGCUGCAAUUGAUAAUGAGGAAAAAAGUCAGAGAGGUCACUCAAAUCCAAGCUCGCAAGGGUCACAUGCUGAUAAUAGAGAUGUUUCAUCAAUAACAGCUGAGAGAUCAUCAGAUGAUGGGUAUAACUGGAGAAAGUAUGGCCAGAAACUUGUUAAAGGUAGUGAAUUCCCAAGGAGCUACUACAAAUGUACAUACCCAAACUGUGAAGUUAAAAAGAUAUUUGAGCGCUCUCCUGAAGGACAAAUAACAGAGAUCGUCUAUAAAGGUUCACAUGAUCAUCCUAAACCCCAACCCAGCCGUAGGUUUACACCUGGUGCUCUUAUGUCCAUCCAGGAAGACAGAAGUGAGAAAGAAGCAUCUUUCACUGGUCAAGAAGACAAAUUCAACGCUAAUGCCUACACCAGUAACAUUGAACCCAGUAGUACUCCAGUAUCACCUCGACCAGCAGACGAUGAUGGUCUUGAAGGUGCAGUGUCUCAGUUGCAGAGCGCUAGUGAUCAGCUGGACGAGGAUGAUCCAUUUGCAAAAAGAAGGAAAAUGGAUGGUGGGAUGGAUAUUACACCAGUUGUUAAGCCUAUCCGUGAACCACGCGUUGUUGUUCAAACUGUGAGUGAAGUUGAUAUAUUGGAUGAUGGAUACAGGUGGCGGAAAUACGGUCAAAAAGUGGUCCGCGGAAAUCCUAAUCCCAGGAGUUAUUACAAGUGCACCAAUGCUGGAUGCCCUGUCAGGAAACAUGUGGAGAGGGCAUCCCAUGAUCCCAAAGCUGUAAUUACUACCUAUGAGGGGAAACACAAUCACGAUGUACCAACAGCUAGGAAUAAUAGCCAUGAAAUGGCAGGAUCGGCGCCUGUAACUGGAAGUUCACGGGUCAGGGCAGAAGAGAAUGGCUCAAUUAGCUUGGAUCUAGGUGUUGGCAUAGGAUAUGGUAUGGAGAAUAGGAGCAAUGGACAACUUUACACACGGCCUGCAGAAAGUGUACGUAACCAAGUUCAGGUUUCAAGUUCUAGUGUGAUGGUAGUACAACCAGCUGCUGUUGCAGCCAGCUAUGGCAUUGUAAAUGGUGGCAUGAGUCGAUUUGGAUCUAUAGAUAAUCGUAUUCAGGGCACGGGCUUUGAGUCUCUGCCCUUGCAACCUUCUACUCAAUGCCAUCAAAACUAUGGAAGGAUAAUUUUGGGCCCAUGAUUGUUUCCGCCUUCAAGCAAAAGCUUAAAAAUAAGAAGCCUCCAUCCAUUUUCUUUUUCUGCUUCUUGGUGGAUUACAGAGGGCUAAUCUCUUUGGAGUAGUAACACAGCUUCAGAUUUGAGAACCUAGCAGUUGUAUGAUACGGCUUCAAAAGUGUUCAUUGUGUACUUGGCUUGUUAUAUGCUACCAUUUGUAACAGUUAUCGAUAUCUGAGCAAAUGUAAACGUCAAUAUGUUCACGCAACAGUAGACAGAUUUUGUUUGGCCUUGCUGUGAGGAAUGGGCGGAAAAUUUAUAAAUGACCAGUUUUACGCCUAGUCAA